UCUUGGAAGAUCAUUUUCCUGUGUUUCUGCGAUCCUCGAGACGAAGAAAAUCCGAACCGCUUGUUGGGGCUAGAUUUUUGAAAUGCUCUCUCUCAAACGGUCCUACUAACUCCAAUUCCCGAUCGAGAUUCUACGAACGAUUUUCACCCACGCGCAUCACAGUUGCCUUCGCUUCGUGUACCUCGUUCUAAAACUGGAACAGCAACAAGUUGCUUUGGAAUCAUAAAGAUGAAUGUCAACCGGUACCAAGCCGCUAAGAAUUUGCAGCCGGCGCGAUCGCUGCGCACACCAAAUCUACAUCCGAACCGAAACGCUCUGGGGGACUAUGGGUACGCGCCGCAUUUAGCUGAACCAUACCGUCCACAACAACCCACUUCACGUGCCGGCAGCACCUAUGCCAACGGCAAUCUAGCAGGCUCCACGCAUCCCGUACGAUCGAGCAGCCAAUCGCGAAAGCAUGACGUUCUUCGGACACCGGUUACCGGAAAUGGAUUCUCAGAUGGGCCAGGAUUAUUGCCAGGACGUUCCACACCUACACUCGUUGCCACCGGCAGCCUCACAUUUAACGCCAGCACACUAUCCGUCGGUGCGCAUUACGAGGUUACCGUGUCCUACAUCCAGAAUGGUCCAAAACAGUUCAUGGUUCAACAGCGGUCCGCUGACGUUACUUUGAAACAGAUGAUGAGUGCCUUGGCUCGCGUCCCUCUGCGAACCAUCACCCGUAAGUUACAGCUCGGAAUGCCCUGCCUAGGACGAUACACUCCGAAUCUAACAAUCUAUCGUGCGCUAAUAACGGCAAUCGGUCGCGACGGUUCGUGCACCGUUUCGUACGUCGAUUACGGCCACAGCGAAACUGUUCAUCCGGCGAAUCUCUACGAGAUACCGCCAGAAUUCUUACGUUAUGAGAUCUUUUCGACGCGCUUUGCGUUGGCUGGUGUUCGGAAACUGGAAGAUAUCAACGCAGAUGUUGCAGGUCUGUUCUCGCGCCUUGUAGCCGGUAAGCCAUUGACCUUGCGAGUAAUGCCCCCCGACGGAGCUGCCUUUGUUUCGUACUGUGAGCUUUAUGAAAAUGGCGAGAAUGUUUUUAAUCGUCUACUUGCGAUGUGUCAAUUGAAUCUGUACCGUUUUCCUGGUCCGGGAAGUUUAGUACGAGGAGCUAGCUAUCCGGUUGUCAUACGCUACAUAGAAUCUUGUGCGCAGUUCUACGUUCACAUGCUCGACAAUGUCCAUGCAUUCGAUAAGAUGAUGGAUGAUCUGGCCACCUAUUGUCGUAACAAUGGACAAGGGAACGGUGGCAGCUCUUUGAUACCCACUGCAGUGAACAUUGGAGAUGCCGUCAUUGUGGAGCUCGGUACAGAUGAUGUUUAUCGAGCGAUUGUAGAGGAAACCAGCCCUGUGCUAAAGGUACGACUGGUGGACUACGGAAACAGCCUCAAGGUCGAACGUGGAAUGCUACGACGACUUUCACCUGCCUUCACACACCAGCGCCCUGAAGCUUAUGAAUGCUGCUUGGAAGGAUUUGAACGAUCCAUCGAGGAAUCCCCACCGCAUGAGGAGACUAUUAAUUUGUCCACAAAACAGCUCGAAAUGUUAUCGGAAACAGCAGACAGCGAACGCAAACCAUUUAAAUUGAUCGUCUGUGAUAUACGCGAGGGACUAACGAUUGUCAAUCUUUUCGACGAAUCUCAAACGCCGGUGGCCAACAUGUCAAAGACUCUUCUAAAACUGAAAAAUCCCAUCAAAUUCAACAAAGAAUUACAGAGCAAUCACCAAAAGUAUUCGAAGCAGCAACAGCAGCCCGUCAGUGUUUCCAAUAGUCUGAACACAAAACUGUCCAACAGUGGGGAAUCAGCUAAAGUAUUCUCCUCCAGCGGUGUAUCAUCGUCGGCAAUAGCCAGUGACUACAUUGAUUUGACGGACGAAGAGUGGAUUGGGCCAGGAUCGGGUAAUCAAAGCUCCGGGUAUGAGCAACUAGUGCCACCGCCUCAGCAGCCGACUACGGCAGCUAGUAAUGAGCUCUUGCAGAAAAAGAAUACUGUAAAUAGUAGGAACAGCCACGAGUCGUCUUCAACUGCAAACACGGCUAAACAGCAACCAUCAGAUGCUGCUAAACGGAUGUCUGCCGGUGAAUACACGCCAUCUGCCCAAACAGUAGCACCGAAUGACAUUCCAAGGUUCAGCCAGGAACGAAUCCAAACGCCGCAUUACUACGAGCAUGAUGAUCGUGGCGUACAGGAACCAGAUAGUGUAAUUCAAACGAAGCCGAAGGCUAAAGAAAAAUUUCAAUCUGAAGAUUCGCUCGGGUCACUACAUGAUCCUGCUCAAACACAUGCAUCAGCUGAAUUUGUUACCAAAAAUCAACAACAAAAUAUUGCUCCGACUGAAAUCAUCGAAAGCUACAAAGCAGCAUCGGGCGAUUACUUACCGUUCAAUAGUAUGCUGCCAGAACAGAUCGUACCUUUAAAUACAAAGUUGGAGGUGGUUCUCUCAUGGUGGUACUCUCCGGAACAAUUUUACGUGCGUUUGCGCAUUGACGAAGAGCGUUACCAAGAUCUCAUGAAACAACUGCAGAAGCAUUAUCGCAACAAAAGUAACCAGCAACACCACCAGAAACUUAUGCAAAAUCAACAACCAGAUCCGAGGACAUCGAAACUGCCCACUGGGUCGUUGGUGGUUGUACGACACCCAAAGCAUAAUGCAUACUAUAGAGCACGCUUGCUGAAAUACAAUGAAUCUAAUCAACGAUACAAGGUGGAGGUUGUGGAUGGUGGCAACAAACUCAUCGUUUCGCCUAACGAUCUCUGGAUGUUGGAGCGUCGGUUUGGGCGGUUGGCGCCACUUGCGAUUUCAUGCGCAUUGCCCGAAGUCCGGUUGCAGUGUGAGGUGAAAGAACUUCAGAACCGCAUCGAUAAUUACCUGAGCAAUGAUCAGCUGAUUGAGGCUGUGUUUAUAGAACUACGAGAUGGCAAAUAUCACUGCAAGAUACAAUCACAGGGCAACGACCUCAAGAUGCAGCUCAUCAGCGAUGGUUUGCUUUCGCAAGUGUUUGUCGAUGUAGAUCUCUAUCGUUUGAAAGGACAAACAUUAAAAGUGCAGCUGGUAGAAUUAAAAAGCUUAGCUAACUUCCGAGUGAAAUUAUUUGGCCAUGAUGCUAUUUUCAAUUGUCGUCAGGAUGGCUGUGAUGUUCAAGCUGACGUGUCUAACAUCGUAGCUGAAUUGCAAAGCAAAUACAUCGAUAAAUACUGUACGGCCCAGGUGGUCGAUGUAACAAAUGAAGAAAAGUUGGUACUUUCGCUACUGGUACCCUCACUAACAUGUCAAGCGCUUCCAAACAUAACUCAAAUGCCCAUCCUACUGAGCAAGUUCAACGUCUAUGUCACUCACGUUGAAUCACCCAAUUGUCUUCACGUUCAGAACGUCCUGUGGAACGACCGUGUGACUAAGCUGAUAGAUGAUCUAUAUGAGUAUUACGAGUGUCAGCAACCGUCCGUUCCUCUAGCCGAAUUGGUGAUGGGUGAAGUUUGUGCUUCAAGGUCGCAGCAUGACGGAAACUGGUAUCGUGUCAAAAUAGUCUCGCUCCAGGACAUCGAACACAUCGAGGUGCUGCUAGUAGAUUAUGGAAGCAUUAUGCAUGUGAAGCAUAGUGACCUUAAACGUUUGGCACCGUGUUUCAUUCACUACAGUGCAUUCGCUCAUCGGGUUUACUUACCAAUGGCAACUAUUUCCGGUAUGGACGAGGAGCGAAUCAAGCUAGAGAUCACACAGCUAACGGAAGGCUUCGAAUUGACGCUUAAGGUGUUGGAAUUUCGAAAUGAUAUUUGGAUUGUGGAUAUUACGUCGAACGACGAUUACAGCAUUGUAAACGUGCUGAAGGACAAGCAACUUGUCGCCGAUUUGGAACACGAAAGCAUAUUCAAUCAACGCCAGAUAGCUACACCGGUUCCAGGAGCUGUGGUGCGACCAUCGGUCGAGGACCAUGAGGGUAAUACGCAAAGAAAUCGGGCCCGUAUUUGUCACGUGGAUAAUCCAUGCCAAUUGUUCAUCCAGCUGGAAAGUGAUAUGCGUGAUUUGAAUCAGCUCCAGGAAACUCUCCAAAUCAUUUCAUCUUCCUUGCCACCUUUGCGUGAUUUUUCUGCUGAUCGCUACUGCAUCGCUCAGUAUUCCGUUGACGAUCUGUGGUACCGUGCCUUGAUUAUUGACAGCCAUGAUGAUCUCAUCAUACAAUUCGUUGAUUAUGGUCACACAGACGUAGUAACAAGCAACAAAAAGAGCUCGCUACGCGAUAUAAAUGAUGAUCUCAUGCGUUGGAAAGUAUACGCCAAGCAAUGUGCCUUGCUCGUGCAGCCAAUGAGCCUAGAGUCCAUGGCAGAAACGGGACGAAAGAAGAAUGCUUCUUGGAAGGAGGUUGCGACAACAAUCUUGCGCUCGUUGGAAGAAGUAGAGGUGCAGUUUCUCGCAGAAGCGCAGGGUGUGCAUUACAUCAGCGUGCGAAGCGGUGAAAAGGAUAUUGCGGAAAUGUUGGUUGAGAAGAAAUUGGCUGUACGGAUGUACUAUGUGCCAUCGGGUCAGCUUUGUUUCACAAGCCACAUCGACUCGAUUUCCGAAUUCUAUCUACAACUUGAGCGCGAUAUAUAUCCACUCGAUACGAUGUCCAAUUACCUCUCAGAUGUGAGCAAGUUUCCUGAUGUGGAUCAACCACAGGUUGGGAUGAUCUGCAUUGCAGAAUAUGAAGACGAUGAGCUAUGGUAUCGCGCGAAGCUGCUCGCUAUUCCACGUCCCGGAGAGUAUGAAGUUUUCUUCCUCGACUACGGCAACACAUCAACCGUACGCAAACUAAAAGCACUGGAUACAUCGAUUGCUGAAUUGGCAAGGCUUUGCACUAAAUGUUGCCUUCGAUUACCAGAAAACGUUCGCAAAUGGUCAACUGAAGCCGAGGCAAAGUUUCUGGAGCUUACUGCGAUGGGUCAAACGGUGGUCACUGUUCAGUUGUAUAGCCCGGGACCAAACUCAGCCACUGUGGAAUUGUUCCUCGAGGGACGUAACAUUGUUGAACAGCUGGUAACAUUAUGUGAGAAAGGUAAUCUGAAUGUCACUGGUUCGGAUUCAAUGAAUUCCAGUUUCUAUUUGCUCUGUGAGGAAAACCGGCUUGAUGAUAGCUAUCAGCUUGACGACCAAGCCCUCAUUAGCCACGUUAUCUCACCAGCGGAAUUUUACAUUCAAAUUACCAACUGCUUCGACGCUUUGCGAAACAUGGAAGAGUUGCUCGCGGCUAAGGCGGCCCAGUGUGAGGUAGUCACUGGUGAAGAGAUCCAUAAUGGAUUGUUUUGUUUAGCCCAGCUGGCCACCAGUGGAAAGUAUUAUAGGGGAUUGGUGCUCUCGGAAGUAAGUGGUGGCCAUUCCAAAUAUCAUCAAGUACUACUGGUCGAUUACGGUAACCGUGCUACGGCAACUGAGCUUCGACGAAUGCCUGAAGGUAUCGAAGAAAUUUCGAGAUUGGCCAAGAAGUGUUGCCUAGAGCACUAUUUAUCAACGGACGAGGAGGCACUAGGAGCUAAGCGUUGGGCUAGCAUUCGUAGCCGUUUCAUCGAGCUGACAGAUUCGGGAAAGGAAGUUUUUUCAUUCCAAAUCGUACGCAAUGAUUGCGAUCCCAUGAUAGUACGACUGUUCAAUUCAUCGGGUGUUAAUGUAGAGGAUCUCAUCAAAGGAGAAAACAUCGAAAUGGAUUCUGUGGUAAAUGUGUCCUCUGAGGACACUUCACUCAAGCGCCAUAAACCCAAGCAAGCUUUCUUCCGAACUAAUAGCGACUUCGACUUUUUGGAACACUAAAGCUUUGCAGGACAGGAAUGAAAUUAAAACGAUGAAUACAGUCCAUCAAACAAAUAUUACAGCUCAUGGAACAGAUAUUUUUACUAUGUAUGCUUCUUACUCAACCAUUCAAUCGCAGUGCUCUAAUGCUUUGACAUUAUAUUAUAUUUGUAACAUGGCACCAAGGAAGAAAAAUAAGCUGAUUUAUCAAAAGGAAAUUUUAGAAACUUCUUGGGAAAGUACUGAAAUGUUUAAUCAUCGCUUAUUGCGUCCGUAGCAAUGAAAUCAUUUAAUUAAUAUUUUUAUCUCUUUCACUAAUUGAGAACUGAAGAAUGUUGAGAAUUUGCAUAAAAUUGGAUGGGUAGUAUGUUUUUUUUUUUGCUUUUCCUUGAUUUCAAAGGCGCCAUUCGAAAACCAGUAAAAGUCGCAAAUAGGGUUAUAGAAGAAAAGUACGAAUUUACUUACCACAAAUAAAUUUUGUUGGGAAAAAAUUUCCUUUAGACAGCAGAAGUGAAAAUGAAGAGAAUCAAAGGAUAUAAUCCAUGUACAUUCUUCUAAUGCAAUGGUAUGAACUAGAGGCUAGCGUUACGAUUUUGAGGAAACUUUUAUCGAACAAGUGUCCAGAAGAGAAGAAAAAGAGCGAAUAUUAUAGAAUUUAUAAAUGAGAAAAAGUGUUACUAUACUUUUAUACACCACAACACGUUCACCAGUGCUUAUCCAAUAGAAAUAAAUAACUUAGAGCAUACAAAUCUUGUUCUCGCGAUCGGUCGUAGAGCAUGAAACUAUAGCUUUAUUUACACAAACACGGAAGUAAAAGAAGGAGAGAAUGGAAAAGAUAAAUUAUAGCAGUUCUGUGCGCAUAAAAUGUCUCGAAUUUACUUUGCUUUAAAACGUAUGGUAUGUUUUGCCUUUUCCGGGUUGGUCGAUAUCUUAUUUUUCUUUGUUCUUUUAUGUAAAACGAUCCAAUUUACGUUAACCCUACUCCUCACUCCCGUUCCUGAGGUUAUAAAGGUUCCCCUACUU